CCUUCCCGCCCUUUUAUAGAACCAUCCCCUUCCCCCUUUAACCCACAUAAUACCCAACUACCCACCCCCACUAAAUAAUGGAAUACACCCACCUCAUAAUCAUCUGCUGCCACGCGAUAUACACCGGCGGCCCAACCAACGGUCUCUCCGAAGACGAAUGGAUGAUCGAGCCCUUCCAAAAAGGCGAAACACCUACUUUCAUCAACCACGUCAAGGCCGGAUUACAGCUCUUGGCAGAUGACCCGGGUGCUUUGUUGGUGUUUUCGGGAGGACCUACCAAGCAAAACCGUACGGUUUUAUCAGAGGGUGUAUCCUAUCUCAACCUCGCCCAAGACAACGCCUACUUCAAUAUCACUCCACAGAUAAGCCCCGCGCGGGUAAUUGCAGAAACCCAUGCUACGGACUCAUACCAGAAUGUGUUGUUCUCGUUGCUGCGGUUUCGGUUAGUGACGGGGAUGUAUCCGCGGAAGGUGACGGUCGUGACGCAUGAGUUUAAGAGGAGGAGGUUUGAGGAGUGUCAUUUUCCGGCUUUGGGAUUGGGAUUGGGAUCCUCGGCUGGGGAGACUGGUGGGGUGGAGGUGCAGGUGGUUGGGAUUAAUCCGCCAGAGGAGGUGACACCUCUGGCGUCGUUGGUGGCGGGGGAGGAGAAGAGUGGGAUUGGGUUGUGGAAGGGGGAUAACUAUGGGGUGCAGAGGGAGUUGAUGGGGAAGAGGGUGAAGCGGGGGUGGAGGAAGGGGGUGGAGGAUGGGGUGUUUGUGGAUGUGGGAUUGGAGAAGGUGGUGGAGGAGUUGGUAAGGUGGGAUGGAGGGGAGAUGGGGAAUGAGUGGUUUCCGAAGAUGGAUCAGUUGCCUUGGUGUUAG